AUGACGGUUUCAUGCCUCCCGCUGCGCUCGGUGACCGUUCUCGUCAAGCCCCGCGUGGCGAUGGCAGUUAGCACGGUGGUGUCCCCACCUUCCUCCGGCUUCGCUCCCGCCUCUGCUUGUCACCGGAAAGCUCGUCGUCGGCUUUCUCCGUAUGCACAAGAGCAACCGCUCCGGCGCAUACGUACGUGGCCAUCUACAUCUGCGGAUCCGAGGACCGCAACCGCGCUCUCGAGGGUGAUAUUGUUGCCGUACAACUCCUUGACGUCCACGAAGUCUGGGGCACAAAGGAGGAGGAGGAGAAGGAGUGCAAGAAAGAAGAAAUCACCGCGUACGAGGAACCUGCGCUCCGCCGGUCGCAAGAACGAUAAGAAAAAGGACGAUGCCGAGGUUAACGGCCAGGGUCUUAUACUUUUCGAGGAACAGGACCCAGUUUGCCGGUCACGUCGUUGUCGUUGGGCCAGCGGUGCAGUGGUACUCCGGGACUUCUUCGCCCAUCGUCCUGCAGCAAGCAAGAAGAAGCAGGAGGCUGGGCGCCACGAGCGCGAGCGCGACAAGGGCGACACGCCCGCCGCGCGAUCAAGCGCCCGAAGAUCGUCUGGUUCCAGCCCACGGAUAAGCCUGUACCAAACAUCGCCAUCGCUACCGAGCAGGCGCCGCCUGACUUCGUGCAAGACUCUGAGGCAUACGCCAUUCGUCGCGUCCAUCAAGCGUCACCCGAUCAACUUCCUACACCCCUUCGGUUCUCUAGUUGAGAAGCUCGGCCUCAUCGGCGACGUCGAGGUUGAGACCAGCGCGCUAUCCAAGGACUCCAACGAGGACUUUGCGAAUAGUGUCAUGGAAUGCGUGCCGCCGACGGUCGUGGCCUCUCUCAGAGCGCGACCUUGA